CAUCCCUUUUCUUUUUUUGAGCUGUUUUCUGGACUACGUUCUGCCCGACAUUUGAGGUACUGCAUUCGUGCAGUAAAAGGACCCGCCAGUGUAAAACGUCUGGCAUAAAAUUCUAAUAAAACCCUUAACCCGAUUGAUGAGGAAAAAGGAUCACCGCUGCAGCAGCACUGCGAGGGACACCGACGGCAGACCACUCUCUACACGACAUAUAGUGCGGAUAUCCGGGCCAGAGAAAGCGGAGCCAUCGUUCAGUACGGUUUGACAGACCGUUAGGAAUAAAACACCCAAGGAGUCGCGGUAUCAUCCGAUUCAGCAACCAUGCAAGACACCGAGUUCCACAAGGCGGAUUCCGGGGCGUCCACCACCUUCCCCAUGCAAUGCUCAUCCCUGCGCAAAAACGGGCACGUGGUGCUGAAAGGCCGACCCUGCAAGAUCGUUGAGAUGUCCACCUCCAAGACCGGCAAGCACGGCCACGCUAAGGUCCACAUGGUUGGUAUAGAUAUCUUUAAUGGAAAGAAGUACGAGGAUAUCUGUCCAUCCACACACAACAUGGACGUCCCUAACGUCACCAGACUGGAUUACCAGAUGGUUGGGCUGGAAGAUGGCUACAUGUCCUUGCUUAAGGACAACGGAGAACAGAAAGAGGACCUCAAACUGCCCACCAAUGAUCUGGGCAAGGAGAUCCAGAGCAAGUUUGAAGCAGGGGACAGUUUUAUGGUCACCAUUCAGACCGCAAUGGGGGAAGAGGCCGCUGUCGGCACCAAGGUUCUGAACGAAUAAAUGGCAACCGCAGGGGCAGAUAAGAUGGAUGUGAACCUGGGGAGAGGCACUGGGGGGGACUGCCUCCCGGCCCACUAAUUCUCCAUUCCUUUAUACUUCCUUGUCUCCUUUACACAUGCAUAUGACAAUGUCAUGACAGUAAAAACAUUUGUUUCGAUUGGUCCCCGAUUUAUCAAGGGCUCUGAUUAGUUCCGUUUUUGUAUUUUCGUUGGAGUACAUUCGAGUGCACAGCGAUAAACUAAUAUGCCAACCUGCGGAAUCAACAUUGUGUCCUUCAAAGUGGAUGUUGUGCGUUUUUUGCUUUGCAUUUCUUGUCUUGUUUCUUCACUUGUAUAUCGCCCUGUCUAUUAAAAAUAAACCCACUUGAAACAGCAGAACCAGGUGUCUUUAGAGAUAAACAGCAUGGUGGGUGUUCAAAGCGCGCCUCUUAAAACGUACCGGGCACCCCUCGCACGAGGACCCAGUCAUCAUUAUCGUUAUCUAUUGCUUUGAAACAGCCUUAAAUGGGGCGCGACCGGAACAGGUUGGAGGAAAGACAGGACCACAUUCGUCGAAAAGGAACCAAGUGUGUCCUGAUGUGUUCUAACUUUGUGCUAGGAUUCAUUAGUGAAGUGUCGUGGCGUUUUGGUAUCCUGACUGUUCGUAGAAAUGUCCCAACUGUGCAGAAUGUCUCCCCAGCCGAAAUUAAAGACCAUGCAAAUUGUUA